CGGAGCUCCGUGGUGACGCGCUGCGCCGUUGGUCCCCCCGCAAGCAAGGAGCGCGACGUCAGCCGGAGAGAGAAAAGCCAAGAGACCAUGGACGAGAUGGAAGAAGAGCUGAAAUGCCCCGUCUGCGGGUCGUUCUACCGCGAACCGGUUAUCCUGCCCUGCUCCCACAACAUUUGCCUGGCGUGUGCGCGGAAUAUUCUUGUGCAGACCCCCGAGGCGGAAUCCCCGCAAAGCCGCCGGGCUUCGGGCUCCGGGGUCUCAGACUAUGACUACCUCGACUUGGAUAAAAUGAGUUUGUACAGCGAGGCGGACAGCGGCUACGGGUCCUACGGGGGCUUCGUCAGUGCUCCGACCACCCCGUGCCAAAAAUCCCCCAACGGCGUGCGGGUCUUCCCUCCGGCUGUCCCCCAGCCCCUGCCGCCGCCGCCGCAGCAGCAGCAGCAGCAGCAGCAGCAGCACCACCUGCUCCCGCAGCCAGGCUCUCUGCCGCCCAUCCCCCGCAACUCCUGCAUCACCUGCCCGCAAUGUCACCGCAGCCUCAUCCUGGACGACCGGGGGCUGCGCGGCUUCCCCAAGAACCGGGUGCUGGAGGGGGUGAUCGACAGGUACCAGCAGAGCAAAGCGGCCGCCCUCAAGUGCCAGCUGUGCGAGAAGAGUCCGAAGGAGGCCACGGUCAUGUGCGAACAGUGCGACGUGUUCUACUGCGAGCCGUGCCGCCUGAGGUGUCACCCUCCCCGCGGUCCGCUGGCCAAGCACCGCCUGGUGCCCCCGGCGCAGGGGCGGAUAAGUCGCCGCGCCAGCCCGCGGAAGAUCUCCACCUGCACGGAGCACGAGCUGGAGAACCUGAGCAUGUACUGCGUGCAGUGCAAGACGCCGGUGUGCUACCAGUGCUUGGAGGAGGGCAAGCACGGCACACACGAAGUCAAAGCUCUCGGCGCGAUGUGGAAACUGCACAAGGGUCAGCUGUCCCAGGCCCUCAACGGCCUGUCAGACCGAGCCACCGAGGCCAAGGAGUUCCUGGCCCAGCUGAGAAACAUGGUCCAACAUAUACAGGAGAACGGCGUGGAGUUCGAGGCCUGUCUGGUGGCUCAGUGUGACGCCCUCAUCGACGCCCUGAACCGCCGCAAGGCUCAGCUGCUGGCUCGCGUCAACAAGGAGCACGAACACAAGCUGAAGGUGGUGCGGGACCAGAUCUCCCACUGCACGGUGAAGCUGCGUCAGACCACGGGGCUGAUGGAGUACUGCCUGGAGGUCAUCAAAGAGAACGACCCCAGCGGCUUCCUGCAGAUCUCUGACGCCCUGAUCCGGCGGGUCCACAUGACAGAGAGCCAGUGGGGGAAGGGAACCCUCACCCCUAGAAUGACCAGUGACUUUGACCUGACCCUGGACAGUGGGCCCCUCCUGCAGACUAUCCACCAACUGGACUUUGUUCAGAUGAAAGUCCCUGCAGCCCCUAUGCUCCAGCUUGAGGAAUGCUGCACCCAAAACAACAGUGCCACGUUGUCAUGGAAACAGCCUCCGCUCUCCACCAUCGCUGUGGACGGGUACAUCCUGGAACUGGACGAUGGAAAUGGGGGCCAGUUCAGGGAAGUGUACGUGGGGACCGAGACCAUCUGCACAGUGGAUGGACUCCAUUUCAACAGCACGUACAGGUCCAGGGUGAAAGCCUUCAACGCCAGCGGUGUGGGCCAGUAUAGCAAGACGCUGAUCAUGCAAACAUCCGAGAUCGCCUGGUUCAUGUUCGACCCUGCCUCGGCACACCCCGACAUCCUCUUCUCCAAUGACAACCUGACAGUGACGUGCAACAGCUACGACGACAGGGUGGUGCUGGGAAACACCUCUUUCUCUCGUGGCGUGCACUACUGGGAGAUGACCAUUGAUCGCUAUGACAACCACCCGGACCCAGCAUUCGGGUUGGCGCGGGCCGACGUCCUGAAGGACGUGAUGCUGGGGAAGGACGACAAGGCGUGGGCCAUGUAUGUUGACAACAACCGCUCCUGGUUCAUGCACAACAACUCUCACACAAACAGGACGGAUGGCGGUAUCGGCAAAGGCACUACCAUUGGAGUGCUGCUUGACUUUACACGCAGGAUCCUCAUCUUCCUUAUCAACGACGAGCAGCAGGGUCCAGUGGCAUUUGAAGGAUUGGAGGGGGUGUACUACCCUGCUAUCAGCCUCAACCGCAAUGUCCAGGUGACCUUGCACACUGGGCUGCCCAUCCCUGAUUUCUACACCCCAGGGGAGGCAGACCCCACUGGUUCGGUGUGCUGAAUAUUCACCGGAGACCCUGAAGGAGAAAUAAACACUCCAGCGCUCCCCCGGUUC